AGUAUAUAAGAUAUCCUUUUCACCCAGCUCUGUAGAAACCAUUAUCACUCAUCUCAGCUUUUCCCAACACAAGUUAUUUAUGUUCUCGACUGUCUCAAAAACAAAACACAGCUAUCUUAGUCAACUCAAAGACUGCUCACUGCGCAACCCAUCUUGCAAAUCAUGCCUUCAACCUUGCUCCCUACCUUGCCCACUCAGGUCGAAGUUACCUGGAAGGGACAAAGUCCUGACACCAAAAAGGUCGCGAAAUCCACCAUUAGUUGCAAGAAAUGCAGCAAGGGAAACAAAGUCACCGUCAUCUUCCCUGACGGAGAGUUCACCUUUCACUCCCAAUGGCUCCACGACGCCCGCUGCGAUGACGGGGCCUCCAGGAAUACUGUUACUGCCAUCAGCACGCAAUCCGACGAAACGGUUCGCAUUGAUAGCGCAGAGAUGAACACCCAAGACUCAAUGGUCACUUUGGAUGUCACCUGGAGUGAUGGACUCAGCUCCAAGUUCCCCGUUGAGUGGCUCCGCGUCAUGGCUCCCAUUGUAGCUUUGCAGUCUAAUGGAAACUCCGCCAUCACAACUGAUGCACCAACCCAAGGAUGGACUGUUGAGAGUUUGAACAUUCCAGAUGUCUCCUACAAGGAGCUCUUCGAUACUGAAACCGAGCCUGAGCGCAUGGAUACCCUCAUGCUUGCUGUUCUCGAUCACCUACUUGGUGCUUCUUCGACCGGACUCGUCAAGAUUGUCGACCUUCCCGACCCAAACUAUGAAGACGAGUUGAAUCAUGUCAACAACCUCUGCACCUUGAUCCUCAAGAAGAUCUUCGGCUCUGUGUUCAUCCAUCCUACCCGCGGGGCAGAUAAAUCCUUCAACGUCUCCUCCCGCAGUAGCGAAGCAGACAAGAGGAAAGAACUCCCAAACUACGACACUUCACAGGUCCUGCUACCCCACGCAGACCAUGCCUUCUACGAGACGCCCAUCCAAGUCCAAGGAUGGUACAUCCUCGAAGGCGAAAGCGAGAACACCUUCGUGUCCGUCCUAGCCGCACUCCAGACCCUCAAAGAAGAACACCCAGAGUCCUAUCACCACCUCUGCAACGAUCCCAUGACACUAGGUCGCGUCUCCGCCUUCUACGGCGAAGCCGUCUCGCAAAUGACCGUCGACACGGCUGUCUCCAUGCAGCCCGGCACCAGCGACCAAUUCAAGCGCGUCCGCUGGCACCCAAACUUCAUCGGCAGUCUGCUCUCUCCCUACGAAGAAUAUGACGAGGCGCGGCUAGCGCAAAAACGCUUCCUUGAAGUCAUGAGACGGGACACGCACCAGCUCAAGGUUAACCUUAAGCCGGGCGAUAUGUUCCUUUGGGACAAUUACCGCGUCUUGCAUGGGCGCGAGAAAGUCUUUGCUGUCCCGCGCACGGGUGUCGGGCAGACUGUUCCCGAGCAGGUGGUGCAUGAUAGGUAUCGAGCGCUUUGUAUUAGUAUGCUGAGUGGGUUUGUUGGGGAUCAGUGGUUGGUUCAUAUGCCGAUGCCGCAGUUGAGGGAGAUGGUGAAGCUUGUUCAGGAAAAGCGCUUCUUGGUUUGAAGGUGCUGCAAAGAUGUACGAGGGAGCUAGUGCGGGGACGUUGGCUGUUGCUGGGUUUCUUAGAUGUGAUUGACGUUGUUUU